AAUAAAUAGCAUAUGGUUGACAAUGGUGUCCCAAUGUCAUCCUUGGUCGGAGGGAGCAGGGCAGGUGUCCUAUGCGGGACUCCUGGGCCCUCUCUGGGGGCCCCUGGCCCUCUCCGGGGCGGGUCUGCCGAGGCGGAGCUACGGGGCCUCCUUAUCUCCAGAGCCAGCCCUGGCUGCCUGGCGCCAGGCCCCUCCUUGGGGUCUCUUUGCCAUGGGGUCUCUGCUUCUCCUGUCGCUGCCCUUUUUGCUAGUGACCGCCUACCCUGUAGGUGGGAGCGCGUGGAGGCGCCAGGGUAAGAUGUCGCAAAGCCUCAGCCCCAGCUCUCCCGCUCCCUUGAGAGCCUCAGUGCCGUUCUUGGUGCGUCUAAACCCGGAGCUGGUGGCAGUGGCCCCCGGGCACUCGGUGUGGCUGAACUGCAGCACUAGCUGCCCCCUGCCGGCGAACUCCAGCCUUUUCACUCAGCUGCGGCACCGCCACACGGUCACCGGGCCGGGCUGGGUAUCCUACGAGCUGGUGAAUGUGACGGCCUGGAGCUCCAUUGUGCGCUGCUUCGUCACCUGCGCGGGAGAAACGCGCCAGGCCACCGCCAGGAUCAGCGCUUACAAGCGCCCGCGCAGUGUGACUCUGGAGCCACCCGUCCUCGCGGGCGGCCGGUACACUCUGCGCUGCCACGUGACGCACGUGUUCCCCGUGGGCUUCCUGGUGGUGACCCUGAGGCACGGCAGCCGGAUCAUCUAUUUUGAAAGCCUGGAGCGCUUCAAAGACCUAGAUCCGGCCAAUGUGACGCUGACCUACACGUUUCGCGCCAGGACCAGCGACCUCCGGCAGCCCGUGACCUGCCACGCGCGCCUCACUCUCGACGGCCUGGUGGUGCGCAGCAGCUCGGCGCCCGUCAUCUUGACAGCCCUGGGUGAGGCACUCUGUGACCCUGGGAACUUGGUGUUCCUCUAG